UCUGCCAUUACCGAUUGCGCUGCCACUUUGGCAAUACGUCUAAUACGUCAGUCAAAUGAAUCAAGUUGUUGGGAUUGGGAUUUAACAAAUACGUCGUUCUAAAUUUCUAAAACUGCAUACAAAAAAUCCUUAAAAAACUAGUGAAGAUUACUAAAGUGCAAUAGAUACAAAAACAAUAUUUUUACGUAUUCACCAUAAUAAUAUAAACGUAGAAAAUGAAUCCCGAGUAUGAUUAUUUAUUCAAACUUCUGCUGAUUGGAGAUUCAGGAGUAGGAAAAUCUUGUCUUCUACUGAGAUUUGCAGAUGAUACCUACACAGAAAGCUAUAUUAGUACCAUUGGCGUAGAUUUUAAAAUCAGGACAAUCGAUUUAGAUGGAAAGACAAUUAAAUUGCAAAUUUGGGAUACAGCAGGUCAGGAAAGGUUUAGAACGAUUACAUCAAGUUAUUACCGAGGAGCACAUGGUAUUAUUGUAGUGUACGAUUGCACAGACCAAGAUUCAUUCAAUAACGUUAAACAGUGGCUCGAAGAAAUCGACCGUUAUGCGUGUGACAAUGUAAACAAAUUACUGGUAGGGAAUAAAAGCGAUUUGACAACUAAGAAAGUUGUCGACUUCACUACAGCCAAGGAGUAUGCCGACCAAUUGGGUAUACCAUUUUUGGAAACCUCAGCUAAGAAUGCAACCAAUGUAGAACAGGCCUUUAUGACUAUGGCCGCUGAAAUAAAAAAUAGAGUAGGACCUCCAUCUUCUGCGGUAGACCAAGGAAAUAAGGUUAGGUUCGAUCAAAGUCGCCCAGUCGAAACAACCAAAUCCGGUUGCUGCUGAAAAUAUUUAGUUCUCUUUGGUUGAAGGUGGUCACUCAUGUCAUCUCUUUUGUACGGUAGCAGCGCUACAGUUACUCUUAUUCUAGUAAUAUCCGUCUGUAUGUAUAGUUAUUUUAAAGUUUUUGAUUUGAUUUUCACUUUAGAUUUUUUUUUCAAAAAUAUAGAAAACACCAAUAUCUCUUAGCCUAAUCUUAACUCCCUUAGAUAAAUAUGUAAUUAACAAAAAUAUUUAUAAAACCAUUUUUACUAAACUAUUAGUCCACAGUAUAUCGUUCCUUUUCAAAAAUGAUUACAAAAGUCUUAAAAAUGGUUUUAAUUGUUUCGUUUAAACGAGUCUACCACUUUAUGAAAAAUUUCAGAAAGAUUAUACGUUAAAAUAAAAUAAAUUAUUUUUGUCGGACAAAAAAGAGGGGCAAACACCCGCAAGAUGUCACUCUAGCGCGGUACAGUUUUGUUAAUUACAAAACUCAUAAUUUUCAAUUGAAAGUAUUGAUAAUUACUAAAUAUUGUGGAUCUCUUGUCCGACAAAUUUACAGCCUCGUUUCUUUAGUAGGACAACGGAAAUAUGUUAAUUAUGGUAGGUUAUGGUUUGCGGUUACAAAAGUCAUAAUUUUAAUUUUUUAACGUUCAAACUGUUCAAAAAGUAAUUGUCCGACAAAAAAAUUGUUCGACGCAAACUUAUAACAAAAACAGUGACAGUCUACUUGUGUUUGUCGGUAUAAUCGCAAAUUACCUACCUCUAGUAUAGAUGCUUAGUCUAGUAAUUAGUCUGUUCCGCUCUGCGGAAUUGAGUAAAUGGAAUUAAUUAAAAAUAAGUGUAAACUAUGAACAAUAAUAUAUUUAUUUGUGUCGAUAAAAAGACGUGUUUUGCUCGAAAGGGUGUGUUGUUGACGCACCGCAUCUAUCCCGACGCCCGCUGGGGUGUGACUGCCGACGGGAGGUUGUAAAUCGACCCGUGGUUAUGUAUCGACUGACGCUGUGGCUGAAAAAAACCACAAACGCUAAUAUGUUUGUACUUCUAACAUCUGGCCAGAAAAGCGAUAAAUUACUACAUCUGUAGUUUUAAGAAACGUCUUCGAAUGCAUUUCCAUGCAUUGACAUGGAAUCUGAUAAGGUAAUUAAUUCAUGGGGAAUUCAGUUUGUUAAACUGAACACACCAAAAAUAUGGUUAGGGAUACAUUUCGUUUCGUAAAACUUCUUAGCAUCUGGUUUGUAUAUUAAAUGUGAAUUUAUAUGACCGUUUUGAGAAAUGAUAUUAAAAAAUAAAAUUAGCAAAAAUAGUAAUUAAAGCGUGUCGCCACAAGUCUAUGUUUACAUUCGGUUUCUAUACAUUUUCUGACGUUCUAGACGUCACUAGACAUAAAACUAAACAGUGCAACAAGUAAAGGGUCCAGGGCUAUGUUAGCUCAAUUUAUCUAGUACUGUGGCGGUUGCAGUAAAAAAAGUUUUGAAAUUAAUUUGUCGGACUGGCUAUCUGAUACCCAAUUUUUGUCGGACAUUGCUCUAUUUGGAUAAAGAACCCUCCAAUCUAUCACUUUCGUGUUCGAAAUUUUAUAAUCGCAAUCUGCAUAAUUGUUAAUUAUUAACAUAUUUACGUUGUUCGACUAAAGAAAGGAGGCUGCAAAUUUGUCUGACAAGAGAUCAACAAUCUAGUAAUUAAUUAUUAAUAAACUAAAAGUGGGUAGUUCCCUGGGUUGGCUGUAUACCAUGUAGUUAAAAAACUCUAAACAUGUAGUAAAACCACUUCUAUAUAAAAGGUAUAUGUACUAAAAUUUUAAAAAUCCCGAUGGAUUAAAUAAACUAGGUUCAUUCAGAACGUUUUCGGACCUGUCAGUCCAUCAUCAGUGAAUUCAUAUAUACUUGCGCUAACUAGUCCCAGAACCAAACAAUGGUUGUACUUAUAAAUCAAUCUACAUUAUAGUGUUAUGUAUUUGGAAAGGCUAAGCGCCGAUGUUCUGAUGGACUGAUAGGUCCGAAAACGUUCUGAAUGAACCUAUUUUAUUUAAUUCAUUGGGAUUUUUAAAAUUGUAGUAAAUAUACCUUUUACACAGAAGUGGUUUUAUUUCAUGUUUUUUGUCCGACGAAAAUAAUUUAUUUUAUUCUAACGCGUAAUUUUUUGAUUAAAAUUAAAAAUUAUAGUUUUGCAAUCUCAAAACAACCGCGCUAGAGCUACAGGUUUAAAAGGAAGUCAUCAAAACCAUUUUUAAGACUUUUGUAAUCAUUUUUGAAAAACGACGAUAUACUGUGGACUACAUAUAUGAGAUCAUUAGAACGAGAAAGAUAUACUCAUCGACUGUUAAUUUUGUAUUGUUUUUAGUAUACCUUUCUCUGUUUUAUAAAUCCAGAUCAUGAUAGAUUGACGUUAGAAAUUAUUGUUCGCUUUUCAAACGUGUAUUAGCAGAAUUUUGGCAAAUUAAAUAUAAAAAUUCGAGAUCCUUUAUAAAAAGGUAUAUUUAAAAUUCCCUAAGUAAGGGUUAUAUUAAGUAACAGAACGUUUUCGGAUUAAAAAAUCCACCAUCAGUGUUACAAAAAAAAAAUAGCAUGCCUGAGGCACCGAAAUGUUACGGGUAAAAACCCUUUAAAUGUUGACAGUUGUUGUCUUAUACUAUGAUGUUGCUAAUAUUCCUGGAUAUUACCCAGGGCAACACAGGACUCUUCCCACGUGGUUGAAAUUUGAGAAUUUCAAUCACGAAUUUGACACUUCCAAAAUACGUAAAGUUUUCCACAUCUUUAAUCUGCAUGUUGUGAAUAGUAAAUAGAGUGUCGUUCCUUGCAUUGGUUCUCAUGGACUUGAUUUUACUAAUAUUAAUUUUCAAAUCUAUUUUAUUGGCUUCAGUGGAAAGUGAAUUUUGAAAAAAAAUCUGCUAAAAAUAGUUUAAAAAAUAUUUUUUUUUAGUUGUGACACUAUACAGAUAAAAUAACGAAAAAUUUACGAAAUAAUAUUUAUCAAAAGUGGCUCUUGCAGUACAGAAUAUAAUAUCAUUAUUAUUAUCUAGUUAAUAGACUCGUACUUUUUAACGAUGUAACUUUAAAAACAAUUAACAACGUUAAAAAAAUACUGCAAAAAGGAAGAUAAAUAAGUGAUAAAUGUGUCACUUUUCUUGAGCACUACGCAGAUUGUUUGGAAUAAAGCUAUCACGUAUUAUACUGUGUAAACUCCACAAACGACACUUUAUACACAUCUUAGAUGAACAAAUGCCUGGCACAAGUCGAUAUGUGACACUGUUUAUGUUCGGUGCACCGUCAGUUUUGGUUAAUCAUUAGUGUCAGCUAACGAAAAUACUUUAACUAUAAACUUGACACUUUUUGAGAUAAGAUUUUGUAGUUUUAUUAAACUGUUGGUGCAAUAAAACCGUUUUUAAAAUUUUUUGAGUUGUGACACUAUUUGAGCGGAGGUGCGACAUGUGGAAAAUAUUUACAAUUAUUUCAUAUAUCACUUGUUCUAUACAAUAAAAAAACGUCAUUUCUAACAUGAUUUUUAGUGAUUUCUGUUGGUCCAAAACAAUUUAUUAUAUUAUCCAUAUAUACUUGUUAUUUUUUAUGUAAUGAUUUUUCUUAUUCGCUACACAUUAACGUCAUUUUUUGUUUAUAUCAAAUAAAAAGUAAUAUUGUAAGUAAUAUGUGAUUGUAAAUCUUGGUCAAUAGGUUUUUUGUAAAUUAAAGUUAUUCUGAACUGG